UGAAUUAACUGUUCAUUAAUAUCACCCACCUAUCACGUCUCUUCCAAUUCCACAGGCUUCUCUUUUCUUUAUAAUAUAAAUAAGUCUCCCUGCAACUAUCUUUCAACAGAAACUGAGCCAAGUUGAAGUGAAGGCAAAUAUAAAAAGAGUUGUAUAAAGGAAUGGGGUCUCUUGGAGUGAAUUUUGGUUCUCCCAAAGAAGAAAUGGAAUUGGAAUUUGACCCAAGUGCACUUCCUCCCUUUAAGUUGUCUGAAAUUAGAGCUGCAAUUCCUAAGCAUUGUUGGGUUAAAAAUCCAUGGAAAUCCUUAAGUUAUGUUCUCAGAGAUAUUGUUAUAGUUUUUGCAUUGGUGGCCCUGGCAGUUUUCUUGGAUAGUUGGAAAUUUUGGCCAGUCUAUUGGGUUCUACAGGGUACUAUGUUUUGGGCUAUCUUUGUUCUUGGACAUGAUUGUGGUCAUGGAAGCUUUUCAGACAGUGCAUUUUUAAAUAGUGUGGUUGGACACAUUCUUCACUCUUCCAUCCUUGUACCCUAUCAUGGAUGGAGAAUCAGCCAUAAAACUCACCAUCAGAACCAUGGAAAUGUUGAAGCUGAUGAAUCUUGGGUGCCGAUGUCAGAAAAGUUAUACAAGGAACUUGAUUUUGUUACCAAAUUUUUCAGAUUCAAGAUCCCUUUUCCCCUGUUAGCUUACCCUGCAUACUUGAUAAGUAGAAGUCCAGGGAAAAAGGGUUCUCAUUUUAAUCCAUACAGUGAUUUGUUUCAACCUAAUGAAAGAAAAUUUGUUGUAAUAUCAACGUUGUGCUGGACUCUCAUGGUUGCUCUCCUCUACUAUCUUGGCACGGUCGUCGGCUCUCUCCAACUGCUUAAGCUUUACGGGAUUCCCUACAUGAUUUUUGUAAUGUGGUUGGAUUUUGUGACAUAUUUGCACCACCAUGGCCACGAACAGAAAUUGCCUUGGUAUCGUGGCAAGGAAUGGAGUUAUUUACGAGGAGGAUUAACUACAAUUGAUAGAGAUUAUGGUAUUUUCAAUAACAUUCACCAUGAUAUUGGGACCCAUGUCAUUCACCAUUUAUUUCCUCAGAUACCACAUUAUCACCUAAUAGAAGCGACAAAAGUUGCAAAGCCAGUACUUGGGAAAUAUUACAGGGAGCCAAAAAAAUCAGGGCCAGUUCCAUUUCAUUUGAUUGGAAAUUUAGUAAGAAGCAUGAAGCAUGAUCAUUAUGUUAGUGACAAUGGAGAAAUUGUGUACUACCAGACUGAUCCCAAACUCUCCAAUUUUAAUGGCAAAAAGGAUGAGUGACUGUUCACCAGCCUCACUAUAAAGAAAUAUAUUUAUUAUUUCUCAUAUUAGUUUCAACAAAUGUUUCCGUUGUUUAGUAACUUUAAUGGUUGCAAUAGUUGCAAACAAUUAAAUAAAAUAUUGAGAGGGGUUUUGGCCGUUAAUUGUACUAUUUAUCCUCUUAUUAAUAUAGCUUUCCCUUGUCUAA